GCUUCCGUAACAAAAGCCUUAAUGCCGAUAUAUGAGGGCGUUUCACGCACGUAUUACAGCCACAUGAAGUUUCUGGCAGUGGUGGGAGCCUGUUACACCAUUCACAAAGGCAUUCAUCUACUUGGCGAGUGUUACAAACUGAUCGAGUUGAGUAUCGCCUCUCGUUUCCUGAUGCCAAACCUGCUCAAUCGUUAUGGGAAAUGGGCUGUAGUUACUGGAGCUACUGAUGGUAUUGGGAAGGCAUACGCAGAGGAGCUGGCAAGCCGUGGCAUGAACAUUAUCCUGAUCAGCCGCAAUAGAGAGAAGUUACAGACAGUGUCUGAGGCCAUCGCUGCUAAGUAUGGGGUUCAAACCAGCUUCAUAGAGGCAGACUUCAGCAAGGGCCGGGAGGUCUUUCCUGCCAUUAGGGAUGGCCUCAAACACGUGGAUGUCGGCAUCUUGGUGAACAACGCCGGAGUUUUGUAUGAAUAUCCCGAGAGGGUUACUGAGGUCCCAGAGGACAAAGUGUGGGAGAUCAUUAACGUCAAUAUAGCUGCAGCCACAAUGAUGGUGCAUAUAGUACUGCCGGGUAUGGUACAGCGGAAGAAGGGAGCCAUUGUCAACGUGGCCUCUGUUACAGCCUGUUUUUUAUGUCCUCAAAUUGCUGUUUACUCUGCCUCCAAGGCGUUCCUGGACAGUUUGAGCCGAUCUCUGCAUCAUGAAUAUGCUUCCGAGGGGAUUUUUAUACAGAGCUUAACCCCUUUUUUUGUGGAGACCAAUAUGAUCGCAAUGAGCAACCAUCUCCUGAAACAAUCUGUGUUUGUUCCUAUACCAAAAGAUUAUGCGCGCCAAGCCGUGCGCACCAUUGGAGUGUGUCGGAGAACAACAGGAUACUGGUCGCAUCACAUCCAGCUUUACUUGGCUACCAGCCUCCCAGAAUGGGCAUGGGUACCAGUGAUCACCUGGAUUUUCAACACCGUUCGCAAAGAAUAUUUCUCCAGUAGAUAAACUGAGCAGUGCGAUCGAGUAAUUCUUCUUUGAUGUAUGCCAAUGCAUGAAAAACACCUGUUUUCCCUCUGUUCCAUUUUUGCUGUUUGGUUACUCUUUCUCUAUCAAGAAAAUAGAUUAAGCCAGAUUAAGGUGUUGGGUAUUGUAGUCCAAGAACAUGGUUG